AUGCCUUUCUCUUAUUUUUUCACCGGGGUCCAAUCGCUCGGCAGUUUCUUGGCCCAGGUCCUCUCGCGAAUAUUUUUCUCGUUAUUCAUCUUGACGAUCACCAUCGCCAUCUACAGGGUAUCCUUCCAUCCUCUGGCCUGUGUUCCUGGACCAAGACUGGCAGCGAUUUCAAGCUCCUGGCAUGCAUAUAAUGCUCGAAUGGGGCGUAUGGCAUAUCUUGGGAAGACGCUCCAUAGAAAAUACGGGCCUGUUGUGCGUGUUGGUCCUAAUGAAGUAUGGUUCAAUAGCAAAGAGGCUUUUCAUGCUCUUUACAGUAGUGGGAGUGGCUAUGAAAAGUCCGACUUUUACUUGGCAACUGCCUUGAGCAAACCUCACAUUGACUGGCAUCUCAAUCCCGAAUUCCAAGAUAAUCUCGAUCUUCUAUCAGAGCGAGAUGUGAGACGCUACCGUCUUCAGCGCCGACUCAUUGGGCCUGUGUACCAGACCUCCAAUCUGGUUCAGUACGAGGCUGCAAUUGAUGAGGUUCUUGCACGCUCUGUCGCCAAGCUAAAGACAUUGAACGGCGCUCGAAUUGAACUCAACGAGUGGAUGCACAUCAUCGCCGUCGAAUGCCUUGGUGCUGUCGUACUAUCCUGGUCGCCAGGAAUGCUAAAGAAUGGUACUGAUAAUGGCUCUGGUGCUCACGCAUACCAUGGAUGGAGACGAAAGAGUGUCUUUGGUUUGUUCCCGAUGGCCGCUAAGUUGGAGUUCUUACACAAGUCGAUCGGGCGACUCUUCAGUACGAUUUGGGGCGUAAACUUCCAGCCGCCAAAGGACUUCCGGCCAUUCUUUCCGGAUGUCGGUAAAAGAGUUUCAAGACGUGUCAACGCAGCCACGAAGUCCAAGCUCAAUAAAGAUAAUCGCAAAGAUCUCCUAGCUGAUCUCAUCCAGCUGCAUAGAACCAAGCCUAACUUUACGGAACUUUACCUUCGCAAAAUGGCUGUGACCAACUUCGGUGCUGGGCAUGAGACUAUGGCAUCAACACUUACCUCGAUCUUUGCGCUACUUGGCUCAAACGAAGAGGUUCAGGAACAAGUAUCUCUUGAGAUCCUUGGGACAAGUAAUCCCGCCGAAUACUCCACUGCACCACGCUUACCAGAGACGCAAUCGCUCAUCAAGGAAGCCAAGCGGUUGUAUCCCGUCAUCAGCAUGUCAUUGCCGCGCAAGGUUCCUUCAGAAGGUCUUCAACUCCAUGGCUACCAUUUCCCACCAAACACAACUGUGGGCUGCAAUCCCGUAGCUCUACAUCGGAAUUCAGAUAUCUUUGGGUCGGACUCGGAUAUGUUCAACCCAGCCCGUUGGUUGACUGCAGAUCCUGACGCAGCACGUGCAAUGGAACGUGUCAAUCUCAGCUGGGGCGGCGGCUCUCGAUCAUGCCCGGGACGACAUUUAGCAGAGCUGGUAGUAUUUAAAGUCGUUCCAGCUUUGGUGAAGGAGUUUAAGAUCGAGGUCGACUUGCCUCCCGAAGACAAGAAUCGCUCGUAUUUCUUGUCAAUGCUGAUAGGAGUCAAAGCCCGCUUCAUUGAACGAGACACAGGGUUAAAAUCAGCCGAAGAAUGA